AUGUCACCCAGACCCAAACCCAGGCAGAGGACAGCAAAUAUGUGUGACAUUGGUCAGUUAGAAGAGGAAACACAAGCAGAGACCACUGCUUGCAGCAGAACAGCCACAUCUUCUAUGUCUAUAGACCUCUCCAACACAUUCUCUACUGAGAAGAGUCAAAUCUCUACCAAUGAUAGUGUUCUGAGUCCAGAUGAAGACCAGGCCAUGUCAGAAAAGUUCAAGACACAAUCGUGUUCAACAGCAGAGCAGAUGUCUGGUUCCACCACUGUAGGCAGUGCUGCCUCAGAAGAGAGCAAAGAGAAAAAUUACUCAACAUCCUUUGAAGAAAAGCAUGAGAGUUCCCAGGGUGAUCUUGACCACACGUCAGCUACACUAAGCCGAAUGUCUAGAAAAUCAACAGACAGACCUUCAAGCUCUCAGUCAUCCAGUUCCAGAAAAUCCAAGAGCUCCUAUACAGCAGAGUCUAAAUACCUGGGAACAUUGAAGGUUUUAGAUCGGAGGACACAGGAGACCCAAGAGGUUCCAGAAGCAGCAGAUUCACUAAGAGCUGCUGUGUACCAGGAAUGGCUAAAAAAGAAAGAAGAAACUUUAAAAAUAACAAGGAAGGCUAAAAAGCAGGAAGAGAAAUUAAAAGAGGAGAAGAUGCUAGAGGAAAAGUUUGCUAAAAUUUCAGAUGCAAAGGUCUCUUAUGAUGCCUGGAAAGAGAAAAAAAGUGAAGUCAUCAAAAAGAAAGUAAAAGAAAACCAGGAGGCAAUCAAGCAACAACAAAUGGAAAUGGAUAAAAAGCAAGAAAAAAAGGAAACAGCAAAACAGGUUUUUGAGAAGUGGAAAGAGGAGCAUGACAGUAGCCUUAAAGACAGAGUAAGGCAAAAGAAACAGACUGAGAAGGUCAAAGAAAAAGAAGAGAGGAAGAUCGACUCCAUCUCUGCAUUCGCUCAAUGGAGUGACCAAAAGAAGGAUGUUAUUGAAGAGAAGAUAAGGGCAGAACGCAGGAAGGAGAAGAUAAAGGAAGUGGAGGAGAAAUAUGAAAAGGAGGAAAAAGAAAAAAUGGCCUUGGAGAUGUAUGAGAAAUGGCUGGUCAGUCAUAAAUCCAGGAUGAAACAUAAGCUGCUUUAUGUCCAGGGAAGAGGAUACAGAGGCACAAGAGCUGGUUAA